UCCGUCAGUCUUGGUCCGUCCGCAGGGAGCGGCCGCCAUGUUGGAGCCGACCGGCGGGUGGGCAGGACGGAGCGGGGAGUGGGCGGUGGAGCAUCUCGUCUAAGAGGCAGUCGGCUUCAGUCCUUUUAAAAUCUCUCCCCACCCAAACACACACACCCGUGCAAAGGGGAGCAGUGCCGCCAGUGCUUAAUUGUUAACAGCUUCAACCGAAGAGGGAGAAGAAAAAAUAGGAAGAAGAGGGGAGGGGAAGGGAAGUGGACGAUCAUACCCGGAGCAAACAAUAACACGCCGGGCAGAUGUCGCCGUGUGUGUGCGGGCCAUGGUGGCGGGGAGGGGGAUGCUGAAGCUCGCUGUCUCUGGAAGGGUUGAAUGAGAUUGAGCGGCGGCGGAGGAGGAGGCUGCAGCAGGUCACCCGAGUCCGGGGCGAGUGGCCGAGGCCGGAGCCGGGCUGUGAACACGCCGGCUGGGCUACUGGCCGGGCCCUGCGGAUGUCUUCACCGGCGGCGAAGCUGGCUCCCAGCGGGACAGUGGCUGCCUGGAAAUAGUGGAGGCGCCGGCCGGUUAGAAAUCAAGGAGUAACCGAGCUGCGGACUCUUCUCCCCACAUCCCCAUCCCCCCCCGGAGCAGGGCUGAGGAGACGGCCCGACCGUCCCCCCCUGUACCCCGGGCGCUGGAGGCGGCGAGCAGCCGGCCGGCCAAGAUGUCGGCCGAGGUGCGUCUGAAGAGGCUGGAGAAGCUGCUGCUGGACGGGCCGCGAAGGAGCGGCCUGGCCGUUAGCCUAGAGACCCUGCUCGACAUCAUCGUCUGCCUGUACGACGAGUGUGCCAACUCGCCGCUCAGGAGGGAGAAGAACAUCUCCGACUUCUUGGAGUGGGCCAAACCAUUCACAAUUAAAGUGAAGCAGAUGCGGCUCCACAAGGAAGACUUUGAAAUCCUGAAAGUUAUUGGCAGAGGUGCAUUUGGUGAGGUUGCCGUUGUGAAAUUAAAAAAUGCUGAAAAGGUAUUUGCCAUGAAGAUUCUCAACAAAUGGGAGAUGCUGAAAAGAGCAGAGACUGCCUGCUUUCGAGAAGAACGGGAUGUGUUAGUAAAUGGAGACAGCCAAUGGAUUACCACAUUGCACUACGCUUUCCAGGAUGAUAAUUAUUUGUAUUUGGUGAUGGACUACUAUGUGGGUGGAGACCUUUUAACACUCCUCAGUAAAUUUGAGGACCGAUUACCAGAAGACAUGGCAAAGUUCUAUUUGGCAGAAAUGGUGUUGGCCAUCGAUUCAGUUCAUCAGUUACACUAUGUGCAUAGGGACAUCAAACCAGACAACAUUCUUCUGGAUGUAAAUGGACAUAUCCGACUGGCAGACUUUGGCUCUUGUCUCAAGCUCAUGGAAGAUGGCACAGUCCAGUCUUCUGUGGCAGUGGGGACCCCUGACUACAUUUCCCCUGAGAUUCUUCAGGCCAUGGAAGAUGGUAAAGGAAAGUAUGGGCCAGAGUGUGACUGGUGGUCACUUGGCGUCUGCAUGUAUGAGAUGCUUUUCGGGGAAACUCCUUUCUAUGCGGAAUCUUUAGUGGAGACGUAUGGAAAAAUCAUGAAUCACAAAGAGCGAUUCCAGUUUCCGGUCCAAAUCACCGACAUCUCUGAAAAUGCUAAGGACCUCAUCCGGAGGCUGAUCUGUAGCCGGGAGCAUCGGCUGGGCCAAAACGGGAUUGAAGACUUUAAGAAGCACUCCUUCUUUGCCUGCAUUGACUGGGAUAACAUCAGAAACUGUGAAGCACCCUACAUUCCCGAAGUCAGCAGCCCCACAGACACAUCAAACUUUGAUGUCGACGAUGACUGUUUAAAGAAUUCUGAGACGAUGCCUCCACCUACACACACGGCUUUCUCUGGUCACCAUCUUCCCUUUGUAGGGUUCACCUACACCACGAACUGUAUUCUGUCUGACAGAAGUAGUCUGAGAGAUGCUGCUGAAUCAUCUUCGACAGACAUUGACAUCAAUGUUCAGCGGACUUUAGAGGACAGCUUGGCCACCGAGGCUUAUGAGAGGAGGAUACGGCGUUUAGAACAAGAGAAACUUGAACUAAGUAGAAAACUUCAAGAGUCUACACAGACUGUUCAGGCUCUUCAGUAUUCAACUGUGGAUGGUCCAGUAACUGCAAGUCGAGAAUUGGAAAUUAUACAUUUGAAAGAAGAAGUAGAAACAUUGAAACAACAAGUAUUAGACUCUGGUCACCUUGAGCAGCAGCUUGAAGAAGCAAGCCUCAUCAGACGAGAUUUUGAAGAGGGCUGCAGGCAAAUUAAAGCACUUGAGAAACAAAUCAAAACUGCAAAGCAAGAGAAAGAGGAUCUUCAAAAGGAUAUAAUUGAAUCUAAUGAACGAUUGAAAGUGCAAACCAAAGAGCUCAAAGAUGCCCAUAGUCAGCGUAAGCUGGCAAUGCAAGAGUUCUCAGAGAUGAAUGAGAGAGUUACAGACCUGCGUUCCCAAAAACAAAAGCUUACCCGUCAGCUCCGAGACAAGGAGGAAGAAAUGGAAUCAACGAUGCAGAAAACUGAGACUUUGCGACAAGAUCUGCGGAGAGUAGAACGUGCCAAAAAAGAGCUGGACAUGCAGAUGGAAGAAUCAGCUGCAGAGGCAACGAAGGAGAGAAAGCUGCGAGAGCGGAGUGAGCAGUACGCAAAGCAACUGGAGGAUGAACUUGAGGGGCUCAAGCAGAAGCAUGUUGGACGAUCACCUGGUGUGAGCAGUACAGAGCAUCAACAAGAAGUGGCAAAGCUUAAGGCUGACUUGGAGAAAAAUACAGUGUUCUAUGAGGUGGAGCUGACUAAACGGGAAGCCCUGCAUGCUACUGAGAUUAGAAACUUGAAGAAGGAGCUUCGAGAUGCGGAAGGACAACACCUCGCCCUCAAGAAGGAAAUAAUGAUUUUAAAAGACAAGUUAGAAAAGAACAGGAGAGAAAGUCAGAAUGAAAGGGAAGAGUUUGAAGGCGAAUUUAAGCAGAAAUAUGAGCGGGAGAGGAUCAUGCUGAGUGAAGACAACAAGAAGCUAUCAAAUGAAGUCGAUAAGCUGACAGGGAAGUUUGAGAAGCUGACUGCAAGCAACAAACAGAUGGAGGAAGAGUUGCAGGAUCUUGCAGAUAAGAAGGAAUCUGUGGCACACUGGGAGGCCCAAAUCACAGAGAUCAUCCAAUGGGUGAGUGAUGAGAAGGACGCUCGAGGCUACCUCCAAGCACUGGCAACCAAGAUGACCGAGGAAUUGGAGUCCUUGAGAAAUUCCAGCUUGGGAGCACGAGCAACAGAUAUGCCCUGGAAGAUGCGUCGGUCCCAGAAAGUGGACAUGUCAGCACGAUUGGAGCUACAGUCUGCACUCGAUGCUGAAAUCCGAGCAAAACAGGUCAUCCAGGAUGAACUCAAUAAAGUCAAAGCUGCCAGCAUAUCCACUGAAUGCAAAUUACAAGAUGGCGAGACGAGGAACCUGGAACUGCUGACCGAAAUAGAGAAGCUCAAGAAGGAAAUGGAGGAAAUAAAAGCAGAAAAGGGUGUAAAGCACCAAGACUCACAGAAUUCUUUCUUGGCAUUUUUGAAUACACCUGCCUCUCCUCUGGAUCAAUUUGAACAUUCUCGUGCCUGUGUACCAGCUAGCAAAGGCAGACGUAUUGAUUCCAUUGAGAAUUUCAACCUUUCCAACUCUCCGUCUGGCGAAGAGGUGAAAUCACAGGCGUACUUUCGUUCCCGGUCACCGUCGACAGCCAGUGACAUUGAGCCUGUGGAGGGAGUAGAUCUUCCUCCUCGUCCAACACUGACACCAACUAUCAGGUCCUCCUACAGUGGUUCCACAGCCUCAAACCCAAAGCCCAAGGCUCAUCAGUUUGUGGUGAAAUCUUUUACCACACCUACAAAGUGCAAACAGUGUACAUCUCUGAUGGUAGGCUUGGUACGCCAAGGUUGCACAUGUGAAGUGUGUGGUUUCUCAUGCCACGUGACAUGCGCAGACAAAGCACCAGCCGUGUGCCCCAUCCCAUCUGAUCAAACUAAGGGUCCAUUGGGGAUCGACCCACAGAGAGGGAUCGGAACUGCCUACGAGGGCCACGUUCGGGUACCUAAACCAGCUGGGGUGAAGAAAGGCUGGCAGAGGGCACUGGCUGUGGUUUGCGAUUUCAAACUGUUUUUGUACGACAUCGCAGAAGGCAAGGCAUCUCAACCGAGUGUGGUGGUUAGCCAGGUUAUUGAUAUGAGGGAUGAAGAGUUUUCAGUGAGUACUGUAUUAGCUUCUGAUGUUAUCCACGCUAACAGGAAGGAUGUUCCUUGUAUCUUCCGGGUUCCGCUAACAGCAGAACCGGGUAGGUGGGUUGGGCCCAUUAAACAGACCCCGAAACUCCAUUCCACACGUGAUCGUAAAACUGCAACUCAUAUUAAGGUUACAGCUUCCCAGAUGUCAACGUCCAACAACAAAUGUUCGAUCCUGAUACUGGCUGACAGUGAGAAUGAGAAAAACAAGUGGGUGGGGCUGCUGAACGAGCUGCACCGGAUCCUGAAGAAGAACAAGCUGAAGGACAGAUCCGUUUUUGUUCCUAAAGAAGCCUAUGACAGUGCCUUGCCACUGAUUAAGACAACGCAGUCAGCCGCUAUCAUAGAUCACGAAAGAAUAGCACUGGGAAAUGAAGAAGGUUUGUUUGUAGUGCACGUCACCAAAGAUGAAAUCAUCCGUGUUGGUGAUAACAAGAAGGUCCACCAUAUCGAGCUUAUCUCAGGAGAGCAGCUAAUAGCUGUUAUAUCCGGACGAAAUCGCCACGUCCGCCUUUUCCCCACCACAGCUCUCGAUGGCCGCGAAGGAGACUUCUUCAAACUGGUGGAGACGAAGGGCUGCCAAACGCUGGUGUCAGGAUUGAUGCGCCAUGGCACCACCACAUGCCUGAGUGUGGCCAUGAAACGCCAGGUGCAGUGCUACGAACUCAACCAGAGCAAAACCCGCCACAAAAAGUUCAAGGAGAUCCAGGUGCUGGGCAACGUGCAGUGGAUGGCCAUCUUCAGUGAACGCCUGCUCGUUGGCUACCAGUCGGGCUUUGUCAAGUACCCCCUGCAAGGGGACGGGGGUCCUGUCAGCCUGCUACAUCCUGACGAUCACACGCUCGCCUUCAUCAGCCAGCAGCCCAACGACGCGAUCUGUGCAGUGGAAAUCUCAAGCAAGGAGUAUUUAUUGUGUUUCAGUACUGUGGGCGUGUAUGUGGACUGCCAGGGUCGAAGGUCAAGGCAGCAGGAGCUGAUGUGGCCAGCUAUUCCCACUACAUGUUGUUACAAUGCUCCAUAUCUGUCUGUGUACAGUGAGAAUGCUGUAGAUGUAUUUGAUGUGAACACAAUGGAAUGGAUCCAGACAGUUGCACUAAAGAAGGUCCGGCCACUUAAUACAGAGGGAUCAUUAAACCUGCUUGGCCUUGAGACAAUCAGGUUAAUCUAUUUCAAGAAUAAAAUGGCAGAAGGAGAUGAGCUUGUCGUUCCUGAAACAUCUGACAACAGUCGCAAACAGAUGGUCCGCACCAGAAGCAAAAGGAGGUAUUCUUUCCGGGUGCCUGAAGAGGAGAGGCUUCAACAGAGGAGAGAGAUGCUUCGCGAUCCAGAAAUGAGGUCCAAAUUAAUCUCAAACCCCACGAACUUCAACCAUAUUGUACACAUGGGGCCAGGUGAUGGCAUUCAGAUUUUGAAGGACCUCCCAAUGCCCGGCUCCCCGCAUCCACCCCCCAGCCAUCACUUCAACCUGAUCUCCACUCCUACCAACUUCGAGCAUGUCUAUCACAUGACUGCCCACUCUGCUGAGAACUUCCUGAGCCAUGAUCAGGCAGCUCCCGUCUCCAGCUCAUCACCUUCUGUGACUCCCAGGAAUCUGCGGCCUCAGGACGAGAAGAGCCGGACCAUGUUCAGCGCCUCCGUCAGCAUCCCUGCCAUUGCUCGCUCACGCACAGAGCCAGGCCGCUCCAUGAGUGCCAGCAGCGGGCUCUCAGCAAGGUCCUCGGCACAGAAUGGAAGUGCCAUUAGAAGGGAGUUCUCGGGGGGCAACUACGUCAACAAACGGCAGCCAAUGACGUCCCCGUCCGACGGGUCUCUGUCCUCGGGUGGGAUGGACCCGGGGAGCGACGUGCCAACCAGGGAGUUUGAACGAGACGACUCGGAUUCGCCCAGACACUCCACCGCAUCCAACAGCUCCAACCUGAGCAGCCCACCUAGCCCCAUUUCACCCCACAAACCACAGGCCCUGCUGGUGGAAAACACAGAACACAUCAGCUGGGAAACAUGAGACCGCCGACUCCGGACACAGCUUCCAUCCAUCCCUUGCUCUUAUCUCGCUGCACCCAUCCUGACUCCUCUCUCUGGGUGAAGACUGCAGACCUGGUGAAUGGAACGAAAGGCAUUGUGGAGCUGGGACACGUGCGCACACACACACCAUGUGGGAGCUUUUACCCUGCUUCCCUCUCUCCAGAAGAUGAGUGAGUUCUCUCCUCUCACAGUUCCUCUUGCUACUCGUUGUGGCUGUAGCUUGUUUCUUACGAAAAUGGACCACGGUUAGGUUGUGUAACUGAUGUUUAAGAUGUUGUUUCUCAUUACAGCCUCACUAGCCACAUAGGUCCUCAGUGAAUAAACAGGGGUGGGAGGUUUGGGAAGGGGGGGUGGGGGGGGGGGGGGGUUGCAGGCUCAGACUUCAGUCUGUCCCAGAUAGAGUGUCGGUGGGCUUUUCUUUGUACUAGUGUGCUCAGUCUUUUGAUGUUAUUUUGCAAUAAUGAUGUGUGUACAUCUGCAAACAAAUCACCAAACCUUAUUUUACUAAAAGAAAAACACACAAAAAAUCUUUUGUGAUAUAGAAUAUAUAUAAAGUAUAUAUAUAUAAAGUUGUGUAUAGUUUUACUUGUUGAAACAGGGGCAGAAGGAAAGGUUACAGUGUGUGGUGUCGCGGACUGCUGGUAGAUGCUUAUAUAAAGUUCCUGAUUGUAGUGAUCCAAGGUAAAGCUGAAAAUCACAUGAAAUCGGCAGCUUGGAAGCUGUUACAAAAGGUCCCGAGAGCAAAUGUACUUUAGUAAAUAAAGUCCAAUCCAUAGAUAGCAAAUGUGUGAUUUAUGUUACAAGCCUCCAUCGCUUGCAGUCAGUCCAAGGGAGAUUUGUCCAUCAAUUUUGAAUAAGCACAGCCCCCAUUUUGCAGCCAUUCGCAGUAUUUGAUCAGGCACCCAUAAACCAGAGCAGAGCGGAGCAAACGUCAUACACUACUGACAGGGAGGCAGGCCACAGAGGGCAUUAUCUCCCUCCAUCCCUUCCCAAACAUUCCCUCUUAUUACACUUGACAAAUCCCAGCGGGCACAGCACAUUGGUUAGCCUACUUUGGCCAGUAGAAUGUUCCUGCAUUCCCAUGUCUUCAGGUCCUCUCCCUGUCAACCUCACCGCUUUCCAUACAUUGAUGUCUGGUCCACAGAGGAAGGCACAGUAAGUGCCUCCAGGACGUGAGAGGAUGCCUUUAGGUUUAGACCUGGUGGGAAUUGUUCAAUGGUGCUGGGACCACUCAUUUGGAAUAGAAUAACCAGGGAUACCAGCCAGCUCACUUUGUCUAUCCUCUUCCCAUCUCCAACCUGUCCCUCAUCCUUACCACUCCUGAUCCUAUCAAACCCCAACAGCCCUCUCACCCCUUUCUGAGCCUGAGUGCCCUCUCUCAUCUCUCACCCCUUCCCCACCCACAUGGGACACCACUCUGAUCCCUAUUCCUGGCCUCCACGUUCCCUCUGUCCACAACCUCCCAACCUCACUUUCCCUCUGGCCCAGCCCAGUAAUCAGGCUCCAAAUCAGCUGAAUACAAUAAAGGGCACGUUUGAUUUUUGCUAAAUUAUCUCUUAACAGGUUUGAUAUCCGAUUUGAAAAUGCAAGAGAAAGGUCUGCUCCCUCCCACUCACAGCAGCUGCCAUUGUCCUUUGCAUUUGUUUCUGGCAGAGAGAUGGAUGAGAUGGGUGGGGGGAGCAUCUCGAUCCUCAGUGUUAAGACACAUUGCCAGGACGGAGAGGGGCUGCAAAGUGCAGAGAAAGAGAAUCCAUUCACAGUAUUGUGUUCAGUGGGCAUUAAGCUGCCAUUGUCCACAGCGGUUUCAUAUCAUUUAUUUUCAAGAGCUUUUAGGGUUCCCCUUUUGUAAGAUUAUUGUACAGUUUUGCAUGUCAUAGAUGUAAUCAGUUUUUUUUAAUUUUCUUGUUCAGGUUCAAGGCUGACUUCAGUAAAUUAAUUGCUUGGCUCCAUCACUUCUUUCUUUCCCCUUAAAAUGUUUGUAGGGGUUAAUUUGUGAGAGAAACUGCAGAUUGCAGAUUCUUUUGCACAAGAAUAUUUAAGGUGAGCAGUCGGACUAUUAAGAGACCAGCCACCAUUAUUUUAUGUUGGUGACACACACUAAAUAUUAACCAAGACUUUGAUGUAUUUCAAUAAAACAGGGAACUGUUACAAACGUAAA